AUGACAAAAAUUACUUCGCAUAAAGUCUUGAAACGUAACCUUUUGCAAAGCAUAAAUUCUCAACGGAUUCCUUCAACACAAUUAAUGGAACAACAAAAUACGCGCAACAUAAUAAGUCCACCGAAUUUGACUUUGCCUUUUCCACCUCACAUCGUUCCCGAGAAUUUAAUCAAUCUAAAAUCGUGCAAACUUCCUUCGAAACCACCAAAUGCUUUCUUCAUCUAUCGUAAAGUUUAUACUAACGAAUUGGUUGCUCAAAACAUGCGAUUUAAAAUGACCGACGUUUCUUCAUGGGUCUCAAUUUCUUGGAAACUUGAACCUGAAGAGGUCAGGACCAAGUAUAAAGAAAUUGCAAAGGAGGUUCGAAAAAUUUAUAAACAAACAAAACUCGAUGCAACAGAUGAAUCACACCUUUCACCGGUUAAAGAUUCUCCAACAUCUUUACCAAUUCAUCCGCUUAAUAAGGAUCAUGUAAAUUCCGAUCCAGAAUUAAUCCCUGAAUUUUUCGUUUACGGUCAAUCAAAUGAUACGGAAUUACAAAAUCCUGUUGUUGAUAAUGAUUUGGACUAUUAUAACAAUAUUCCAUUGUUAAAUCCUUCUAUUAUUAACAAUCCUACUAGGUCUGGAUUAUGGCAGUACGAAUGUUAUAAUUUACCCCCAACGAUUUUUGAAAAUAUAAGCGCUGAAUUAUCAUAUUCCGAAUAUAUGGUAUUACCAAAUAAUUCAAAUAACGUUACUCCUGAAUUUGAAGCAGAACCUUGGGUAUUUGAAGACUUUGAUGUUUUAUAUGAAAAUACUGAUUCGUUUGAAAUGGGUCAUCAAUCCUAA